AAUGGAAUAAUAGAAUCCUGAAGAUGACAGCUCAGCCUGAUGACAUCUGACACUAUGUGCAAAGGCAACCGCAUGGCUUUUUGUUGAUCGUGUCCUGAUGGGAUGAAUUGGAACUGGCCUUUGUGUAUCUGAAAACUACACCCAGGACUGCUUAGCUUUACAUGACCCUCCACCCCCUCCAAAAUCGUUUCUAUACCUGUAUGUGGUGGAAUUAAAACUCUGCAGAAAGACAAUUUUUGUAGUAAAAGCAGCAGCAACUGGGAUCCUGUCUUGUGUUACUUUUUUUUUGUGUUUUGUAUUUUGGAUGAUUUGAAUUGAUGGAGUAAAGGACUGCUCUGCUCAUUGAUUGCAAGCCAGCAUAGCAAAAGGGAGACUAGAGGUGUGAGGCUGGAAUCGGACGGUUGCCAUUGUUGAUGUGUGAGGCCGUCACCCCCAAGCGGUACUGUCCCUGACUGUGAGGUCUUCCUUACAGUUGGUUUACGAUUGAUUGGGCUGCGGAGAUCAGUAUGGACGAACAGACCAGGAUGAUGCAGACUUUGGCCGGAAUGAAUGUGGCCAGUCACUCUGUACAGGGCAUGACAUUGCCUCCUCCCCAUGGACACGAUGGGACUGACGGGGACGGCAGAAAGCAGGACAUCGGGGACAUCCUGCAUCAGAUCAUGACCAUCACUGAUCAGAGCCUGGAUGAGGCACAAGCAAAAAAGCAUGCACUUAACUGCCAUAGGAUGAAGCCAGCGCUCUUCAGUGUUCUAUGUGAAAUCAAAGAAAAAACAGGUCUCAGCAUCCGAGGUGCACAGGAAGAAGAUCCGCCAGACCCGCAGCUCAUGAGACUGGACAACAUGUUGCUGGCUGAAGGUGUAUCUGGACCUGAGAAGGGAGGUGGAGCUGCUGCAGCCGCCACGGCAGCAGCUGCUUCAGGUGGAACUUCAGAUAACUCAAUAGAACAUUCCGACUACAGAGCCAAACUCAGCCAGAUCCGACAGAUCUACCAUACAGAACUGGAGAAGUAUGAACAGGCUUGCAAUGAAUUCACAACCCAUGUGAUGAAUCUCCUGAGAGAGCAAAGCCGGACACGUCCCAUCUCCCCCAAAGAGAUUGAGAGGAUGGUGGGCAUUAUCCACAGAAAGUUCAGCUCCAUCCAAAUGCAGCUUAAGCAAAGCACGUGUGAAGCUGUCAUGAUCCUAAGGUCGAGGUUUCUUGAUGCCAGGUCAGUGGUAUCCAACUGGUUCGGGAACAAGCGAAUCAGGUACAAAAAAAACAUUGGAAAGUUUCAGGAAGAAGCAAACCUCUACGCGGCUAAAACAGCUGUGAAUGCAGCUCAUGCAGUUGCGGCUGCUGUGCAGAAUAACCAGACCAGCUCUCCUACAACACCAAAUUCAGGUUCUUCUGGUUCUUUUAAUCUCCCAAAUUCAGGCGACAUGUACAUGAAUAUGCAGAGUCUGAAUGGGGAUUCUUACCAAGGGGCCCAAGUUGGAGCCAAUGUGCAAUCACAGGUGGAUACCCUUCGUCAUGUUAUCAAUCAGACGGGCGGAUACAGUGAUGCUUUGGGAGGGAAUCCACUGUACAGUCCACACCACCUAAAUGCUAAUGGAGGGUGGCAUGAGGCAGCAACUCCUUCCUCCGUCACUUCCCCAACAGAAGGGCCCGGCAGCGUGAACUCUGAUACCUCUAACUGAGUAAUCCAAGCUCAAGCUGUAUGAGUGCAUCUCAGCAGCCUGGAUGGAGCUUUCUCUAUGACAUCAUUUUAGGUCUUUAUUGAAUACUUGGUGAAGCAGAGUCCCAGCUGUGUGGAAGAAGAUCCCUUUGUUCAGAAAAACCUUCAGAUUGGUGGUGCUGCUUUGCCUGGUUCAAAUAAGGACCUACAUAGCCACAUUGUACAAGCCAGCUGAGACAAGUUGCUGGAUUCCAGUACGUCUUUUUGGGUUUUUUUUUGCUACCACUUUUUUUUUUUAAUCACCACUUUCAAAGCACUUUAUCUAAUUGGGCAAAGAUCUGAGAUAGAAUUUGAGAAACGAUCUCCACGUCCCAUCGGCACUUUUUAGUAAACAGCUAAAUUGAAGGCAUGAACUAGCAGCUUUAAGAAGAAAUAAAGUUUGCAUGUCUGCCCAGAAAUGCUGGGGUCAUAGCGAAAUGGACAUUUUACAAUUUCCAACAAUGUAUAGCUGGUAUCAACAUUUUUUUUCCAAUGUUUUUCUUAUAUGAAACAUUAAAAGCGCUAUUGAUCUAUGAAGAUGCAUCCACUUUUACAGGGAAAAAACAUGUACAGUUUAUGCAGUAAAUCAAUUACUUUAGCAACUGCACUCAUUAAUUAAGUCCUUUCCUCCUUACAUUUAGUUGAUUGUUUAUUUUGUCAUUGAAAUACAUUUAUGCUUAACUUGCUUCUGUGUUUCCAAGUUUUGUUUACAACAUUGUCAAUUAUAUUAAUUACUAAUGAUGAGGGGGGCCAAUAACUGAUUGACUUAUUAAACAAUUAUGGGAAUUUUAAAGGACCAGUAAAUCUAACAUAAGCUAGUUAGU